AUAAAACAAUACUUYAAAGAAGUCUACCACAUUGCCUGUCUUGUUGUGAAUAACGUUCAAGAUGGAGUUUGGAAAUAUCUGCCUUCUGGUUCUCAUCUCAGCCUUUGCAGCUCAUGSUCUCAAAUGGAAAAAUUGUGACUCAAACGACCCYGCGCAAGUUCGCGAAUUCAAUCUUGCUCCUGCAAACCCAAUUGUUGUGCGUAAAGGGGCAAAAGUCAGGAUCAGCGGCUCAGCCGAGAUUCGUGGCAACCCUGGAGUAAACUACAGACUCCAACUUAAAAUUCAAAAGAAAGUUUGGUUUUGGAUUACGAUUCCUUGCAUGGGAUAUUGCUCCCAUGAAAUUAGCUGUCAAAAGAUCUGGCAAAUUCUGCAGAAACCUGCUCAAUGCCCUGUUGCACAAGGAGUUCACAGUCUUCCUUCUACRAUAGUCACUAUUCCGGAUGUCAGCUUACCUUCAUUUCUUGCGUCAGGAAAAUACAAGGUCAAAGGAAGCCUUUACAACAAAGACAGCAACAGACGAAUUGGUUGCGUUGAAGCUGAGUUCAGUAUUAGAACAUGAACACAACGGCUGUUGACCUCUCUUGAMAAAUAAAACUUUUCACUGCUCUGAA